AUGAACAACAAAGUAGUGAAAGUCCCAAAUCAAAACGGCAAAACCUUAGCCCUAGGUUCUUUGCCGCCGUCGUCCCCAAGCUCAGCACUUUCGCUUCUUCUUCUUUCCUCUAUCCGGAACCAAGGUAGCUCGGCACGUUGUCCCCAUCUUCGCUGGCUUCUUUGUCCGUGGCUUGGAGGAGCUCGCCAUCGGGUCACCUCUUGCCGUCGUCUUUGCUCUCGCCGUCGUGUCGCCGGUUGCCGCCGUGUCUCCGUUGAAGGGAAAUGCUUGACGCAAAACAUUCUUAAGAAAAAGCCCAAGAAGGGUUCAAAGAACGCAAAACCUAUUACAAAGACUGAAAACUGUGAGAGUUUCUUCAAUUUCUUCAAUCCACCACAAGUUCCUGAAGAUGAUGAAGAUAUUGAUGAAGAUAUGGCCGAGGAACUUCAGAAUCAGAUGGAGCAAGACUAUGAUAUUGGGUCAACAAUAAGGGAUAAGAUUAUACCUCAUGCUGUGUCAUGGUUUACUGGUGAGGCCAUUCAGGGAGAGGAGUUUGGAGACCUGGAAGAU